CUGUGUGAACAAAAGUCACAUGUUUUCAAGGCAACACAUUUAAGAAAUGUAUCAACAGAGAGUCCUACAUCAUUUCUCCAUGUUCAGCUAACAUGAAGAACCAAAAGAUGUCAAAGGCUGCAAGCAUAGCACACAGGAAGCGUUUGCAAGGUGUGCCUUUUGCAACAAAACUAUCGCCAGGGUCCCACCGGAUUGCAGAAACGUCAGAUCUUCACAAAUGCAAGACGGUUAGGCUCAGUGGUCACACGCUUAAGCCUGAGCUAGCUGGCCUAAUCGAAAAGACAUUGCAGGAAGCUGGUAAGUAACUUAGCAAGCAAAUCUGUUUGUGUACAAAAUCUGAGAAAGGAAUAGCUUUUGAUUCAUCUCUCUGUUUCCUUACUGUCCUAUAGUCCUGGAAAGCAAUUAGUGUUGCCAGAGAGCAAAUCUGAGAAGGGAUUGGCCAGUGUCACACUUUCCAUCUUCAAAGUGGACCAUUAGCUGGUUCUUUCAUUCUUGUGUUGAUACCUGUGGGAGGGCAGGUAUCUUUUCCAGAAACAGAGAAGGCCCAUAGUUCAUCAGUUGCCAAGCCCCAGUAUGCACUAUUCAUUUGUUAUACAAAAAACAUCUCACGACAGCUUACAGCAAAAAUACAAAUACAAAAAUCAUGCAAGAGAUUAAAAGGCAGCAAACAACAAAACGCUAACUAUCAAAUGCCUGGGAGGAAAGUACCCUAAGCAAUGAACCUGAUUCUUCAGGGGUAGUGCAGCCCCAGGCAGAACGGGUGCCACUUAUCCUGGCAGAGGAACCACCUAUUAACAGUGUCAACAGUGUUAACAGAGCUUCAGUUUGAUGGCCCUUAUCCAGUCCAACACCAAAGUCAGGCACCGGUUAAGCAUAUUCACCACCACUUGAGAUUAAAAUAUAUUGAUCUAUAUUCUGCCCUUCUUCCCAUGUAGCCCAGGGUGGGCAACACAGAAAUGAUGAUACAAUUAAAACAUGGGGAAACAAUUCCAGUUCAGAUGCAGAUAGAUAACAUACUCCAAAAUUCCCGAUGCUCCCACACAACAGUUUUAUGUAGAUGUUGAACCCUGCAGAACCCCAUGCGGCGGCACUUUUUCACCCUGGCACCAUUGGGCCGGCCCUCACUUAAAUAUAGUGCAACCACGUCACAGUACACCAAUUACACGAAUUUCUACAAAUUUCCCCAGAUUAUCUAGUCGGGGACUUUUGUGAGGGAAAACUUAAUGAUUUGGAGUCUCAGGCAGGAUUUGAGCAAACAAACAAGAAAGGUUUUAUUAAACAAAGGAAGUUUAUGACACAAAGUGGAUGCUUCAGGUUAUGUUAUUUCAGGUAACAGUCCACCUAAUAAUAUUUAUACUAAAUCUAACUGCUGCUAUGGACUUCUAAUCAAGCACAGCUUCUUUUAAACUUCAGUUGCUUAUGUUCAGUUACUUCACUUCAGGUGGAUGUUACAGGUUUUUAGACUAAAGAAUAAAUGCUCAGCUUAUUUCUAGCUAUUUCACUUCAGUUCUUUCUCAGUUGUUGCACAGCUGUUGCUGCUUAAUACUUUGGUUCUUAGACAAGGUGGUACUUCCUGUCAGUUACACACCCCUUUGACAACCCUACUCCUGAAGUACUCCAAGUAACAGACCCAAAGGGAUCACCACACCCCUCUUAACUGGUUUGGGAGUUUUCUUUUUUUGAGACCUAAGUAGACUGUAUCUUUCCAGCUUCUCCUUCUCCUGGCUCAGCCUCCCAGUUAAUUCCUGGCCUAUUACUCUUACAAGACACCACACACUGUCCUGCACACUAAGCGCAGAGACUCGUUUCUCUACCUUGUGAUACAUUCCUCAAGAGUGGAUGUUUCUACCCAGAACUAACUCUCUCUUGCCUCACUCCCUAUCUCCCAACCUGAAACCUGUCUCUCCAAAUCCUCUCCUUUUUCAACUCCCCCUCCUGGAACCCUGGCCAAUCAGAAGCUGCUGUUCAUUAACCAUUUGCUGGCAGGGAAAAAGAAAAUACCUGGUGACCCAACCUGUCCAGCAAAACAAACUUUUCUGUCACACCCCACGAGGAAGGCUCUGUGGGUUGAAUUAUCUUCCCACAGCACUACCUUCUGAUCUGAAGGGGGUCCUCAACACUAUUUCUGAGGCCACCUCUGUCAUCUCAAGACAGGGAAAUUGCUAGGCAGCAGGUUGAGCAGUACACCAGCAGAAUCUCGAAUCAGCUCAUCCAACACAAGAUGUAAACGUUCUAGAUUUGCUCCCUCCUUUCUGCAUUUCCACUCCUGUUGUUUCAGGUCCCUGAAUUUCCUCCUGCUCUCUAUCUAGUCUGCCCUGUUUCACUCAUGUUCCCAACUACUAUCUCUUGCUAGGAGCCAGUAUAAAUAUUUUUCUCCCCGCCACUUUUCUGACAGCAAUAUAUAUACAUCUCUGUCUCCUUAGGUCCCUGUAAGCAUUUUCCUGUCCUGAAGCAUGUCAACUUUAACCACUUCCCUGUGUUCUAUGCCUUCCUCAGGCCUUAGGUUUCUACAAAUUCCAUUGCUUUAUUAUCAACCAAGGCAGCAGGUGAGGAAGGCUUCAUCUCUCUUGGUUUUACUAGAGUAAGUUUAGCUUCCCAUCUGCUGUCCAGUCACUACCAUCUUCCACAACCAUUCAUGAUGCACACUGCAUUGUUGGCUCUACUAGGGUACCUUUGGGUUGUUUUGUUUUAUGAUGGGAGAAUGUAGCCCUCAAAAAGAAAAAGCUCGAUUUCUGCCUAUAUGUGACACUGUUUAUGGAACCUUUAUUUCCUCUUUUCUAGAUGUUACGGGCACAGAGAAAGGAGCACAGAGGACAGAAGAAGACCUUAGCUGGUAACAGAGUAUAACUCAGCCUAGUCUAAACAGUUAUGUAAAGGGGACUAGAAUAAAGAGUAAUCUUCAGUAAAGAGCCAUUUGCCUCACUUCAGUGUGCUUCACGACAAGCAGGAGACACAUCCUAGGUGCUGUGAAUUCCUGUAGUACAGUAGCUCAGAGACUAAGCUAUGAAUCAGAAGCCCCUGGUUUCAAUCUUGCCUCUGCCAUGAACCCACUAGGCAGCCUUGGGAAAGCUGCUUGCUCUUCACUUCAGUUCUUCCCUCUACAAUACUGGGGAAGAUUAUAAUCUUGGUGAGCGUAAAGAGUUGUUGUAAGAUUAUCUCAUUAUAAUGCAAGCAAAGGGCUUAAUUAUUACACCUAAUGCUAUAAUUGUAUUUACGUCAGGAUGGUUAGCAUUUCCUCUCUUGCACACACAAACAUGUGUAAGUUGCAAUGAGCAGGGUCCAGAUUUAAAAGCAUGUUCCUUUUUGUCCCAGAUGACUGUUUAAAUAAGGUGAGAAAUGCCAGUGGAAACUUUUUGCUGUGAAUUAAAUACCUCCGUUCAGUUGUUCAACCGGAUCAGUAUAAUAAAACUGUUGAUAUGUCAAUAUCUCUUCCUGUGCAGUCUUAAAGAGAUCAAGAAGAAAGUGUAUGACAAUAAAAAGGAUAAAGAAAGUGGUCGUGAGCAAGAUGAAUCUGUUAAAGUGGAAAUCAGUGAAAAAACGGUCAGGAAACACAAAAAUUCUAAGUACAAGUAGUUCUGUGUUUGUUUACUUGAGGGGUUGGGAAACUUUUCCAGCCCAAGGGCUGCAUCCUCGAGUGGGAAACCUUCCAAGGACCACAUGCCAGUUUGGAGUUCCAGUUUGGACUCCAAACCCAUUCCCAUAAAUGGUGUGUGUGUGUGUGGACAGUUAGAUUAUAUAUCAUGUUCUAGGAUAGUCAUCCAUAAUUAUUUCAUACCCGCCAACAUUUCUUUGAUGAAAAUAGGGAUGUCCUAUUUAUUUAUUUAUUUAUUUAUUUAUUAGUAUUAUAUUUUAUUUAUACUCCACCCAUCUGACUGGUUUGCCCCAGCCACUCUGGGUGGCUUCCAACAUAAAUAAAAACAUAAUUAAACAUUUUAAAAAAACCUUCCCUAUACAGUGGUACCUCGGGUUACAGACGCUUCAGGUUACAGACUCCACUAACCCAGAAAUAGUACCUUGGGUUAAGAACUUUGCUUCAGGAUAAGAACAGAAACCACGCAGCGGCAGUGGGAGGCCCCAUUAGCUAAAUUGGUACCUCAGGUUAAGAACAGUUUCAGGUUAAGAACGGACCUCCAGAACGAAUUAAGUUCUUAACCCGAGGUACCACUGUACAGGGCUGCCUUCAGGUGCCUUCUAUAUGUUGUAUUGUUACUUAUCUCCUUGGCUCAGGGGUCACGUUACUCCAUACCCUCCAACAUUUCUCCGAUGAAAAUAGGGACGUCCUAAGGAAAAGUGGGACAUUCCAAGAUCAAAUCAGAAACUGGGACAGCUUUCUGUAAAUCUGGGACUGUCCCUGGAAAAUAGGGACACUUGGAGGGCCUGUUAUUUUCCUGAUGUAUCUAGUAAUUAAGUAUUUUACUGAAGCCAAAUAGAAAUAGCAUUAGACCAAAGCAGCAGCAUUCAGAACAAAAUGUUGCUCAACAAGGCCACCCCGGAUAUUUAAUUUAUAUGCCACUAAAUCACUGGAGUUUCUAAGUAGUGUACAUAAAAAGAAAAAUUCAAAAACAUGCAGCGGUCCAAAUAAAGUCAAUCAUAAAAAGAGAGUUUUCUUAAAAGCCUACUCAGGAUAGAAAAGUAAAUAUGGUAUGGCAACCCUACUGACAUUCUACAGGGAGGGCGCUGCUGGAGUUCAAUAGAAUCAGGCCCACCAGAGACGUGAAAGAGGGGAAAGGGGGAAAUACAGAUUGUAUGGGAAAUUCUAGGAGUUGCAAUUCUCGGGAGAAAUGUACUUUCCCUGCAGAAUGUCCUCCUUCAAGGACUACAAGUCCCAGAGUUCUUCAGUUCCAGGCAGUUUUCCUGUGCACAGACAAGGAGGAGCCAAUAGGUUGUGGCAGCAGAAGGAUGGGACCAACCCCACAAUAAAGAGGGACACUGAGAUUUCAGGGCCAGAGGGAGCCAGGGUGGCUGCUUGAACUGACAGGCCUUGCAACAGGUGUGGGUAAAUGAGUCCAGCCUCUGCUCCCCAUAGAACUGGCCGUAGAUCCCAGGAACAUGGUCUAAAGGGCAUUUGUCACUUGUGGGUUAUACACAAACACACACACACACACACACCAUGUUGCUAUGGCGAACCAGGUCGCCAUAAAUAUAACAGCACCGAUUUUUCUGUUAGUUUUCCCAAGAUGCACAAGGGUUUUUAUGUAGCUUGGGGAAAGGGAGCCUGUGCUACAAGUUCAUAGUGGGCCCAGACUAGAGAAAUUAGGCUUGCUUGCCUCUUAAAAACGCAACACACGUAACCUUCUGCUUUUUAAAUCUGUAGAAAGCAAAGUCAGAUGCUGAAAUGGAAGACGUUCUUCUGGAGAUGAAGGCAAGUAAUACUCCCAGAAAGAAUGGCUCAAUGUUCGGUUUUACUUUCAUCAGCAGUGAAGCAAAUGGGUUGUUUUGAGAGAUACCAAGGGCGUGGAUGGAAUCUGAAAGAAGACUUCUCAAAUCUGUUCCAUUCCACAGAGUGCUUCCUUCUCGUGGCUAUUAGUCUGGUGUGUGUGUAUGCCGAGACUGUGCUAUCUCUGCAGUAGAUAAGAGGCUAGCCACCUUUUCUACCUGAUGCAGAUUCUGUCCUAUAAAAUAUGGGGCAAAUUCUGCAUCCAUUGUCUUGAUCAUGUUUAUAACAACCUCAAAAUAUACAGCCAACCAGUGUAACGUUUGGUAAUGCAGAGCAGAAAUGAACUUUGGUUUUACAAUUAAGAUAGUUGGUGCAGAAAAAUUUGCUGCCAAUCAUCACAGUAGGAUCCCUGAGCACUUUCUCCUGUGCGACAGAGUCCAUUUUGGCCUCUUGAUACACCCCAGAGCUGAGGCCAAUGAUGUUGGUGUGCAGCUUGAAAAAAGUAGAGAAAACCCCCAAACAAAUGCAAUAGAACACUGUUGAGUGCUGAUUAUCAAACUUUCUCAGCUGCAGUAAAGAUGGCAAAAAUCUUUUGUAUUUUGCUAUAAAUGAAAAAAUGCUCAAAUAUAUGUAAUGUACCUCUAAGCAGAGAACCAGAGAAGAACAUCUCUGUCCAGAAUGCUGUCAUUAUAGGUACAUUCUACCUUCUUGUAUUUUAGUUCCAAUCCUAUAAAAACAUCUUAAAACUAUACGGUGGUACCUGGGGUUAAGAACUUAAUUCCUUCUGAAGGUCCGUUCUUAACCUGAAACUGUUCUUAACCUGAGGUACCACUUUAGCUAAUGGGGCCUCCCAAUGCUGCCGCCGUGCAAUUUCUGUUCUCAUCCUGAAGCAAUGUUCUUAACCCGAGGUACUAUUUCUGGGUUAGCGGAGUCUGUAACCUGACGCGUCUGUAACCCGAGGUACCACUGUAUACCAAAUGUGUAGGCUUGCAGCUCUGCUGAUUUAUUUUAUUUUAUAUUUAGACUGCAGUUCCCAUCAUCUCUCAUCAAUGGCCAUGCUGAUGGGGACUGAUGGGAAGGCCAAACGUUCCCCAUCCCUGAUUUAAGAGAUUAAUACCCAAUCCUUCAACAUUUAAGCAUUAAGCCUGCAAUGAAAUAAGUUAAGCCAAAAAGAUGACGAUAAGCUUGGUGAUGGCUGAAAUGCCUUCGCCAUAGCCACUUUUCUGCCCCUUCCACAUCCCACUGUUGUCCUGAUACCAUCUAUCUUAUCAAUUAUUUUGCAAGUUGAAGGGAUACCAUUUAUGAAGGUAGCUUUGCUGACCUCACAUACCCUCCUGCACUACCACCAUGUUCCAAUUUUGCUCCCAAGGCCGCCAAUGUUAACAGAUGAUGACAUUGACUUAACACAAACACAUGUGAUAAAAGCCUUAAGAACUUCCCUAGUCCUCUUCUAAGGACCUAACUCACUUUACAUGCAAGCCAUGUAACAUAAGCCCACCAUAUGUUUUUUCCCUAGGAAGAGCACCUGUGACGUUUUCAUUAUGUGUAAUGUGUAGUUUCAUCUUAAAGGUAUCUUACAACUUGGUUCUCUCUUAUUUUAUGUUCCUCUUGCAGAAAGACUUGUCAUUUGUGGAGAUUGAUUUGAGAGAUAGAGUCGAAGAGGUAGGCAUAAGUUGUGUGAACAUACUUUUGACUUGCUGUAUUUUCGUGAAGGGAAGAUGCAAGUGUGAUGAAUGGAUACAUGCAGGCAGUACUAUUUUUCAGAAAAAGAGUUGCAGGAACUCACUAUGAACGCCUCCCUUGUUCUCUUAUAAUGGCAAUGACACCCACCUGAGAGGUGCCGGAACUGGCUGGGGAAAAAAGCCCUGCAUCCAGGGAACCAUGGAGUCUUCUUCCUGCUAUGUUAAAUUUCAUUUAUUAAAUUUCAUUUAUUGAAAAUAUUUAUAUCCUGCCUUUCUGCUCGACAACAGAUGUUGAAGGUAGGUGGCAAAAAAACCACAGAAUGAAAACAAGUUGUUUUUCUUAAAGGCUGUGAUAAUUGACGAAGGCUUCUGGGGACUGAUGAUAUAAAAUAUCCUGUCCUCAGCCCCAAAUGCCACAUUAGAGGCAUCAUUCACUUAUGUUCUGUAGCGUGCAGUAUGACCAGAAUGCUUCCCAAUUUAGAUAUCGUUUAUUUUUAGUAACGCAGAUCGUGGGAAGUCAUUAGCUGAAUUCAAACUCCCUUGGCAUUUAUAAAGAGCAGUAAUUCACCAGGAGCUGAGUGGGCGCUCUCUGCGGCAUCUUAAGUUUGUUGAUUGAAAGGUGACUCGUGGUGUUGAUUAUUAGGAAGAAAUUGUUAAGAAGCGGGGACUUUUUUUAGUUCAGGCAACCUGAAAGUAAGAGAAUGUGAUAGUCAUGAAAUUACUAAUGGUGCAAAGACUAUGAAGGAAUUUUUAAAAUAUAUUUUUUAUUUAUUCAGACUGCCUUAUACCCUGCCUACUAACUGAGGUUUUUGAGGGGCUUCCAAUAUAUUUAAAAUAUAGUAAACUAAGUGUAUGAUCACAAAAAGAGCAUAUAAGCUUCCCUUGGCCCAGAAAUGGCUGCCAAAGCAGCUGGAUGACAGAUCAGGGCUUCCUCACCCAGCUGUUGCUGAGCUUGCCUUCUGGCAGUGGUAAAAGAUGCAGAAGGAGCUAGUGCAACAAAGGUGUCAGAAGCCUCCCCUCAGUCCCCUAAGUUUCUUCAAAAUGACUGCUGUUAGUCCCUCACAGGCCAAGGUUUCCUCACUGGACAGCAGUUGCUCCAGUCCUCCAGUGCCACUUUGCAGCACUUCUGGCCUGGAAAUGGAUGCCUGAAGCAGCCAGGUAUUAGUCGUUCACAGAGCAGGACUUCCUCACCUGCUUCUGAGGUCUCUCACAGCUUUGGGCUCUGGUGGCAGAUGCAGAAGGUGCUGGAACGUUCUCCAAUAUUCCAGCUUCUGCUUUGCAGCUGAAUUCGCUGGCCUGGAAAUGGCUGCCAAAGCACUCAUCCCAAACCCUCCAGGUGUCCCUAUUUUCCAGGGACAGUCCUGGAUUUACAGAAGCCAUCCUGGUUUCUGAUUUGAUCCCAGAAAGUCCUGCUUUUCCUUAGCACGUCCCCAUUUUCAUCGGAGAAAUAUUGGAGCUAUGUAACCCUGGGGCCAAGGAGAUAUUUAACUAUACAACCUUAAGAAGACAUCUGAAGGCAACCCUGUAUAGGGAAGUUUUUUUAAUGUUUAAUGUUUAGUUAUGUUUUUAUAUGUGUUGGAAGCUGCCCAGUGUGCUGCCCAGAUGAGUGGGUAUAAAUAAUAAAAUAAUAGUAAUUAUUAUUAUUAUUAUUAUUAUUAUUGAAUAGGACAUCCCUAUUUUCAUCAGAGAAAUGUUGGAGAGUAUGUCAUCCAAAGAGUGUGAGAAAGGAAGUAUUUUUUCACGCUGCAUUGUUACCUUAUAGAACUACUUUGGACAUAAUAUUGUUCAGAAAUAUGACAAAAAGCCUAAGUGACCCUCAGACCUGUAUGCUUCCCAUCUUGGAAACUGAAUGCUAGACACCAUUGGGGCUGAUUCAGCAAGACAACAGCUGUCUUAUUAAGAUACUGUGUUGUCUGGUGACUUUUGACACAGUAGGGAAAGGUAAAGGGACCCCUGACCAUUAGGUCCAGUCAUGGCCGACUUUGGGGUUGCAGCGCUUGCGGCGCUCAUCUCGCUUUAUUGGCCGAGGGAGCCGGCGUUUGUCCACAGACAGCUUCUGGGUCAUGUGGCCAGCAUGACUAAGUCGCUUCUGGCAAACCAGAACAGCACAGGGAAACGCCGUUUACCUUCCCGCCGGAGCGGUACCUAUUUAUCUACUUGUACUUUGACAUGCUUUCGAACUGCUAGGUUGGCAGGAGCAGGGACCGAGCAACGGGAGCUCACCCCAUCGCAGGGAUUCAAACCGCCGACCUUCUGAUCGGCAAGUCCUAGGCUCUGUGGUUUAACUCACAGUGCCAAUGGCAUUGCGGCACUAGGUUCAUGAGCUCUUGAUUUGUCAAAGACUUGCGCCUCACAUUUAUAUGCAAAUCCUCCAGGCAUCUUUCAAGUCAGAUUUGUAUGUUCACACAUACCUGAAAGUAUGCAACAAAAUUCAUGUCACUAUGGAUACUGUGAAAUGUUUUUUGUGGGAGAAGGUAGAAAACAUGGCAUCACACUUUAUACAAAACGUAACGACUCCACAUUUCACUGUAUGCAGCGUAAACCUAACUUCAAUUUAGGAUUAGUUGACAGCAGUCUUGGAUGGAUGGAGAGGCCCUCAUCUGUCUGUAUCAAUAAACACAUUCAUCCUGAUUAGGUUGUAUAAACAAUCUUUCUUGCAGGUUUGGGGUGAAUGCCUUGUUGCACUUAAAUACGAACGCUAUUACCUGCCUUUCUGUCAGACCCUUAAGGCAGCUUACAAUACAAAAUUUGAAGAUAAUUUUAAAAUGUCAGCAAUAUAAAACUUUACCAAUGGGGGGGGGAGGGCAGGAAUGAAACUUAUCAGAAUUACAAUAGCAUGUUUGGCAAAAAGAACCUUAAAUCUAAAAGUCUAGUUGAAUUGCCUCAGGUUCACAUAUCAUAAACAAUCAAGCCUUGCAAGUAGAAAGAAAUUGUUUCAGCGUUGCCUAGCCAGUAUUGAAAGCGCUUUUCCAUGGCAUACAAAGAGAGGCCUGAAUUAAAUACACCAUUUGUCCAAAACUAGCAAUGCAAUGAAGCUUUUUUCUUUUUCUUUUUAAGGAAUAGUUUCACUGAAGUCACAUGUUUUGAACUGUGCAUGACCCUGGAGCAAGUUUUUUUUUAGCAAAAAGUUUCCCAGAAAAGAACUCUACUUGUUUUCAUUGUUAUAGAUUAUUAGGUUAUAGCAUUAACAAAGAAUUCACUAUUUCUUAAAAUUUCUCUGACUCAGAAAACUGAAGAAAUCUUGACAGAGGAGAAGCAGCAUGAAAAGGAAGAGGAAUCUCCCGAAACGCUGUAUGGCGAUAUUUUUACUUGUUGUGCAAGACAUUGGUGGGAAAGGCCAGCUUAAAAAUGCUUAGUUUUACAAAAACAUGGCUGUGGGUCCAGAAUAGUGGAAGGCAUUUCAUUCCUAAAUCCCAAAUAUGUUUGCUUAGCUCUUUUUGCCACACUAAUUUCAUUGCUGCUUACUUCCCAGUAAAGCAGGCUUAGGCUAACAGCUGUAGGUUUUGCUCUCUGGACAUUUUUUUGCAUGCUAUCUUUCCCAGUUGGCAAAAAAAAAGGUGUUUACAUUUGCUCAUAUGCAGGAAAAUGUGCCAUGCUACUUGUGGUUCCCAAUCAACAACAACAGUGGGCAGAUCUAUACCAGGCAUCUAAAGCAUGCUCGAUGUACAUGUAAAGCACACAGCUUCUCCCAAAGAAUCCUGGGAGAUGUAGUUUGUUCAGGGUUGCUGGGAAAUGUAGUUCUUUGAGAGGGUAUUUACAGUGGUACCUCAGGAUGUGAACGGGAUCCGUUUUGGAGCCCGGUUCGCAUCCAGAAGCAAACGUAACUAGCGACGGCACGUCUGCACAUGUGCGCAUCACUUUUCGCCGCUUCUGCGCAUGCGUGUGACGUCAGUUUGAGCGUCAACGGAGCAUGUUACUUCCGGGUUGCCACGGAGCGCAACUUGAAAGCACUCAACAUGAAGCAUAUUCAACCCGAGGUACAGUUCCAGGGAUGCUUUGAGGAAAGUCAUGUGCUUUAAAUAUGCCUUAAAUGUAUGGUGUGGUAAAGGUGUUACUACAUGAUGUAGUAUACAGCAGUUGCUAGAUAUCAUCAGAGGGAGAGUGUUCAUGCCCUCUUGCGGGCUUUGCAUAGGCAUUGUGGGCACAGAAUACUGGGACAUUCUGCACUGCAGGGGGUUGGGCUUGAUGACCAUUGGGGGUCCCCUUCCAACUCUACAAUUCUAUGGACAUAAGAGGAGUUCUCCUGGAUCAGACCAAAAGCCCAUCUAGUCCAGCAUCUUGUUCUCACAAUGGCCAACCAUUGCUGUAAGGUGCAAUAUACAAUUGUGACACUAGGUAUGGCGACUGUGAGCUACAGCAAAUUCAACGCAUUUUUCAAAACGAUUUUUAAAAAAAGCAUUUUUCACAAUGUUUUUAACGUGCAUCUAGAUUCCACACCCAGGUGGUUUUUAUGGCUGUUGGACUCUCUGGGAGAAUAAAUCAGAUGCUAUUAAAUGGGCUUACUGAUUGGGCUCAUGCAGAAUUCCUCUUAGUGGCUGGUUAUAAACAUUUCAAAAAUUAUAUUUGGAAUAGCAGCAACCUGGUAAAUGAUUGAUAUUUUCCCACCCCAGUCUUCCCUGGUAUCCAUCCGUUCCUGAUAACACUGAUUGCUAGAUACUUUGACCACUAGGAGGAGCAGGUCCCAUAUGCUAACUGCUAAGGCCUAUGUACACUGCUUUGUCUUCAAAUAAUACAUGUUACAAAUAUUCUGUUAGAACAUUAUUAGCCGCGUGUUGCAUGUGGUUGUUCAGAGUUGUCUUCAAAGGGCUGCAGGCUGACCCUUGCAUUAGAUAGCUGGCUUACCUGAUUUUACUGCCAGGGAGGAUGGCAGGUGCUCAGGGGAAGGUCUGUGUAGCUCAGGGGCAAAGCAUGCACUCUGCAUGCACAAAGUUCCAGGUUCAAUCCCCAGCAUCCCGAAGGAGGUCUGGGAUUGUCCUCAGCCUGAAAACCCUAGAGGGAUGGUGCCAGUCAGUGUUGGCAAUGGAUAAAUCAAUGGUCUGACUCGGUUUAAGGCAGCUUCCUAUGUUCCAAUAAGAUUUUCUGCUUCAGGUGCCAAAAUAACUUGGGUACACACUUUGAAUUGAUUGAGGAGGGGCAGGGAAUGCUAGGCAGUAAAAUGUAUACGGCUGUCUCUGCUUCGCGGUACUUGCUUUCUUUUUUAUAAAAAACAGCAACCCCAAACAAGUUGUGUUCUGCUUUUAAGUGUGCCUACAACUGCAGUCUCACUUGACUUCUUGCUUCUGUUUGUUAAGAUGAGUCAGUGAAGCCAACAGUUGAAUAAUGUGAGAAAACUCGGUAAUUCGUUUGCAGGAAUAUGGCUCUGUCAUAUGACGGGUUCCCAAAACAGUAGUUCAUUAUUGGUGCUUUGCCUCUGAGCUACACAAUCCUUCCUCUGAGCAUAUGUCAAUCUAAUCAAUUGGAUUUAUUUAUUUUUAACAAUUUAUUUAUAUUUAACAUAGGUGCUGGAUUGUAACCAUCACUCUAUAGCCUUAGCCUGUGAGAGGGAUGGGCUUGUGUGCUUGUAGGUCAGGGCUGCUACUCAGUCUUUGAAAUUCUCAUUCAGCACAUGUAUUACGGUACUACAAUUCAUUACUACAUUUGUAACACAUCUUCCCCUUGAGGAGGUCAGGGCAGUGUGAUUGGGGGUUUCCUCAUUUGUUCCUAACCUAUGAGGUAGGUUAGGCUGAGAGACAGUGAUUCACCCACUGGUAAGCCAGUGAACCUCAUGACUAAAGCAGAGAUUUGAACCCGGCUCUGCUUUGUCCAAGUCCAACACUAUCUACCGCACAAUGCUGACUCACAUUCCACCUGCCUUUAGAAUAGUGUGGGUCCACUUAAAUGGAUACUAGGCAUUUGCCAUUUCUGUUCUUCGAGAUGGGAUCCUCACACAAUGCUAUUAUACAGGGAGAGCCAGCAUGGUGUAGCGGUUAGAGAGUCGGACUAAGAGUGGAGAGAUCCACAUUCAGAUCCCCACUUGGCUAUGAAGCUCACUUGGACCAUCAGUCAUCCCCUCUCAACCUAACCUGACUCACAGGUUGGUUGAGGAGAUAAAAUGGAGAUAGCCAAUGAGGAAGAACCACAAAGGUUGUGCUAAGACUCAGAGGAAGGGCAGGAUAUGAAUAUUAAAAAAAUAAGUAUCUUAGGCCACCAGAUCUCCUUCCCCAACACUGCUGCUGUCACCAAGCCAGAUAGGUAAAGGAAGAAAAAUGUUCUACAGGGCCUUGUUGAGAGGUCCAUGGAGGAAUAUUCUCAAUUCAGGACUGGGUUCUUUUCAUCUUUCCUUAUUGUACUUGUUGGCUAUCGAUCUCUUGCCUUUAUGCUGCCCUAAUUUAGUUGGUUUCCUCUUUGGAGCUACAUUCUUGACACUUAAGAAAUCUUUGUUCUAGAUUAUGUCCUUAUAUAUGUAGAAAUGAACUGUGGGAAUUUACAUUUGCAGGCCCGAAAGCAGCUGGCUGUGCUGUUUUCCCAUCUGGACGAGGCAGAAGAAGCGGAAGGAAAAACAGGAGUAGCCACAAAUUGGUUAAUAUCACCACAUGGGUAGCACUGUGGGGGACGGGACGUGAAUAUAUGAGAUACUUAUGAGGGUGGUGGGGUGCAGAGGCAUUGGGGAUAAGGAAAGAAAUUGCGGCGGCUGUAACAGCCUCAUUCAGCACUUCUCUGUAGCACUGGGCUGAGGGAGUUUUAGGCACCUGGAUUUGCUUUCUGUGCUGCCACCAGUCUCCCUUUGCUAUCUGCUGCCACUGCCAGCCAUCCCAUUCCACCCUUUGGUAAGAUUUCAGGGUGAGGGGCACCAGCAAGGCAUGGAGCAGGUAGGCUUGUGCACUUUACCCUACCAUCCUCUGGCAUAGCCACAAGGAGAUUGGAAUUAUCCACUUUUGUUUUCAGCUAACCUCAGGUUGCCACCUUAUGCUAAACAGGACAAACUAUGGUUUGUCCUAACAAACCCAAGAGCAAAUAAUUGUUUCUGACCCUGGCUUGUUUGGAUAAAAGCAUAGCUAAAACUAGCCCCAGUUCUCCCGUUUAGAUGAAACAAUGAAUUGCAGUUAGCUAAGAAAAUUGGAAACGAGCUCUUCUGUGUGCACAUAAUGCUAAACUAUCGUUUAGUGUUGUGUCCAAAACUUCAAACCAGGUCACACAGUUAAGCAUGCCUAAGAACAUGUUUUAUUCUGUGUUGACCCUAGCCUAUGCCCUCAGUGCUUUUGCACAUUUUAGACUCGCUUGGAGCAAUCUUCAAACUAGCUGAAUGUAAAAGAUAUAAAACAGUUUCCAUCUAAUAUUUUGUUUGUACCUGUGUGUGCUUUUGGGAGCAUAAUGUCAGAAUCCUCUUUCACCCUUCCCCUUAACACAGGCAUAGGCAAACUCGGCCCUCCAGAUGUUUUGGGACUACAACUCCCAUCAUCCCUAGCUAACAGGACCAGUGGUCAGGGAUGAUGGGAGUUGUAGUCCCAAAACAUCUGGAGGACCAAGUUUGCCUAUGCCUGCCUUAAAGAUUAUAAGUGCUCACAAGAAAUCUCUUUUAGUCUUAGAGUUGCCAACUUUUCAUUUCGAAAAGACUAGCCUUCCAGGUGAGAGGUCAGGGGGUGAAGGAUUCAGCAGACCAGUGUGUUAUGAUGGUAGAUUCUGCCAAGCGCAAGGUGCCAACUCUAACAAUAAAUUUGAUAAGAGUUGUAUCUAACUAGUCAUACUCAGAGUAGACCCAUUGAAAUUAAUGGACAUGACUAGCUAAGUUCUGAGUAGAACUUAGUUGGAUACAAUCCUCAGCCUUUUAAGUUACCACAUGACUCUUUGUUUUAUUUUAAUAUAGAAAUUACAACAAGCCUUCUUCAUGCUGGCUCCAAAGUUCACUGACUCAACACUUUUUAAACUGCUAGACAAGACCAGUUAUACAAACCAGACCAGUAAAAUUCUGGCCAGCUGGCAAUCCUAUCCAUUCCACAAAAAUAUAUUUGCCUGUUUGCAAGAAGAGGUUUGUUUCAAUGGUGAGCUCAUGGUUUCAGAAUGUUUAUUGGUCAUCUCAGAAUCACCCAAGUGGAGUCAGUGGAAGAUAACCAGGGCAGGAAAUUUGUAUUGGGUAUAUCUGUUUGAAAGUCGAAUUACCUCUGUUGUACAUACUGAUUAUUCUGUAUGUCCUUCAAUCCAUACAGGACUCCAGCUUUUUAGAAUACAAGGCCCAAUAUGAAAUGGAAGGAAGACCAGUGUGGAAUGGUCAGCUGAUGAAUAGGCGACGAAUAAACUAAAAUUCAGAACUAGA